AUGGCAGCAGCCAUCAUUCGAGAAAUUUUUAAGGUGGACCCACCUGCUCCCUCAUGUCAGGAGGGACACUAUUUGCCUCAGUUUGUGCACCCUACACCUGGAAAUGGAGCACGCAUCCAAGCAGAGAUCAGCAAAGAAGUGGAGAUCAGAGUCAAAGCACAAGCUGCAUACGCAACAAUACAAGAUAUCAUUAUCACUGGGCCACUGAAUAUCAGCAAGCACAGGACCUCAUAUGACGAGUUUGCCAUUAGGUGGUCGCCUAACCUGGAUGACCUGGGACACCAUUACCCAAUCUGCUUUGCUGUUGAAUCAGUGACUGGGUCUGGCGUCUAUCAGUCCGAGAUGAGGUGUGUUCUGGUUGACGUCAGGAAGGAGCAAGUUAAAUCCCAUGUGACCUGCGGCGAGUCCACAAUGACAGUAGAGGUUGAGAAAUCUUCGUUCCGUGGACUCAGUGAGGAACAUUUGCGGCUCAGUGACCCCAGCAACACCGCCUGCAGCCUCCAGAGUUACUCCAACAGCACUCACAUCAUCGCAGUCGUCCCCCUCAACGCUUGCGGCACUCAGAUCGAGGAAGAUGAUGAAAACCUGAUCUUCAAGAAUGAAAUCACCACGGUCGACAGCACAGAGUACCUGAUCACCAGGAAGAACCAGCUGGAGGUGCAGUUCUACUGCCAGUACCCCAAACAUGGGAACGUGACGCUGGGCUUCACGGCGCACAGGAGGAACGUCACAGUGUGGGAGAAAGGCUUCGGCACGUUCACCUACCAGUUUGAGUUCUAUCCCAACGCCCAAUUCCAAACCCAGAUCGAUCCAAAUGAUUACCCUCUGGAGUACGACAUAGGGAGCCGGAUUUACAUGCAGAUAGAGGCCACCACCUCCAUCGAUGACACCUAGCUGUUUGUGGAGUCCUGCAGAGCGGCACCAUAUGACAACCCAAACUACUGGCCAACAUACCCCAUCAUUGACAACGGGUGUAAUGUGGACCCGACUGUUGAAAUCCAUUCCCCUGCCCACCAGAGACAAUUCCAGUUCAGCAUGGAGGCCUUCAAGUUCAUCGGCUUGCACGACCAGGUGUACAUCAGCUGUUCAGUGCUGAUAUGUGCGGCAGGGAGCCCCAGCUCCAGGUGCUCACAGGGAUGCCUCAACUCCACAUCAGCCGGUCACCAACAUCACCGCCGAAGGAGAGAGGCUGCCACUCAGACUGUGAGGCACUUCAUUUCCCAGGGUCCUCUGCGCUUAAGGAGAGCCGCAGAAAGCUACAAGAGCCCAGUGAUCAACCUGAAUCUGAACCUGGUUUUCAUCGCUGGAUGUCUCCUUGCAGCCGUUGGCAUGAUCGGUGCCGUGGUCAUCUACAAAGCCAAAAUAUCAAGGGUCAAAUACCAACCUUUGCCCGCAUUUGAAAAUUAAGAGAGAAUACCAGUUCUUAAUUACAUUUGACUAUACAUAAAGCUAUUUUGAUUUGCUUUGCAAUCAAAUAUUGAGGAUUCAUGUAUCUAAUUAUUCACCCAUUUAACUC